AUGGACGUAGAUUUUCCUACUCUCGUCCCGGGCCACCACACGUCCAAGCUCCGCCACCCGUUCGGGCACCUCGGAGAGGCUUCGGGGAAACACCAGCGGUGUUUGGCGGUAAGGUCGGGAGAUGAGUUUGCGGAGAUCAAACAGUACGGAAUAGUGAUUAGCCGCAGCCUCGGUGAUCAGAUCGGACUUGACCGACUCCGGCAAGUACGCAACCUUUGUUGCCAUCCGUUGCAAGUUAAUGUUGGAGAACGACGGCGCGAAUCGGAAGGAAUUGGAUGGAUUGGAUGGGGGUGUUUGAGCGGCGCCGUCGAGAAAACAAAUAAAAGAAAAAAAAUCGGCCCUCUUGCCACCUACAAUUGGUUCUAUCACUGA